CGAAGGAAUGCGUGGAUGACCUCAUUUUGGAAAUGUUGUUUCUGCAAUAUCACAUUUGGGCCAGAGAAGAUAAAGAGAGAGAGGGAGAGAGAGAGAGAGAGAGAGAGGGUGGACCCUCCUCCCUCCCUCGCCGUGCCGGUCUGUAUAAAGGAGAAGGCGCUCCCUCCUCUCACGUGCACACUGCUGACCCCAGGACCCUCCACCCCCCCACCCAGAGUCCUGCCGACCGCCUCGGGGAGACCAGGACCCUCAGAGAGCCAAGAGGAGAUGAAGCACAGAGGCGCGCUGGCCGUGUGCGCCGUGCUGCUGCUGCUGAGUCAGCAGGUGUGUGCGGGUCCGGUCCGGUCCGGUUCCGACCCGAGGCCGGCAUCGAGCGCCCCGGGCCCGAGGAGGCGGGCCCGCAUGACGCCGCUGUGGAGGAUCAUGAACAGCAAGCCGUUCGGAGCGUACUGCCAGAACCACUACGAGUGCUCCACCGGGCUCUGCAGGGCGGGCCACUGCGCCACCAGCCACCGCUCCAUCUCAGAGGCCGUGAACUACUAGACGUCCGAGAGGGAAAGCACCUGGAAACGUUCUCAUAACUGGGAUUUUGUAAUUGUUUCUUUUUUAAUAUAUAUUUUUAUAUAUAUGUUCCAAUACGUUUCUGAUAAUAUCAACAUGUUUAUUUUGAGUUUAGGCUUCAGGUAGUUACAGAAGUCGUGUCUGCGUAGGAGUGUUAAAGGUUAAAGUCGUUUUAUUCCUGUUUUCAACGAGGCUGCAAACCACUCAACAAAUCAACAAAAACUAAAAGUACUAUUAAAAGAAAUGUUGUGAUAUAAAGUCAGAGUUCAUAAACGAGAUGAAGGUGUUUAAACAACUCGAUGACGUUGAGGACGACCUUGACUUUAAUCCUCCUUAUAACUCGAUAAACUCUCGUCACCGAAUGACACAGUGAUGAAUAAUGUGUGUUAAUUUAUAACAACACAAAGAUCUCGUCAUAUUCCUCAUAAUGUGUUAUGAAUCUGUCCUGAUUAUAACGCAGUGAUUCUCAUAUCUUAUUUAUUCUAUUCCUCUGUUCAUUAUUUUCCAAUUUACAUCAUUUUCAUUUAGCAUUUUUUCAAUUCCUUUGGUGAUGUUUUGAUGUUUUUUGUUUUAGGACAUUAAUCUGCCCGACUGGAUUUUAUCUCCAGCUUUUUUUAGACAUCUGCUCCGAAAAACCACCAAAUGUCCCGGAGCAGAUUCCUAACGCUCAGCGCCAUGUUUGUUCACGAGAAAUGUUGGAGUCGGAUUUGCACUUUUUGAAGCCCAAAAUUAUCUUUGUACUGUGUACCGUCUACUGUAUGUACUGUAUGAUGAAGAGGAGGAGGGAGGUGGAAUAAAGGCUUUGGAGAGAGA